CAUAAUAAAGGCAAUUCAUGUGAAAUUUAUGCUAGAUUCUACUUGCUUACCUUUGGUUUCUCCUCACUCUAGAUCUAUGUUGAUACUUGUUACCUUUUCUCUCUCUUCAUAUCCCUUUGUUCGACAUCGGGUCAUCCUCCGAGGCAACAAAGUCACUGAUGAAACUUUCGGAUGGAGAAGCUCACUUAAAUGGAGAAUGGACACUUUGACAGUUCUCGGAAAACACCAUGGUCGAAGGGGUGAAAAUUGGGAAUGAUUUAAUGAUUUCUGGUUCAAAUUGGAGUAAUUUUGGACGAAGAAAUAGAAAAGAGCAUAGUGAAAUUUAGGGUAAUUUUGGCCGGCGAGAGAAAUUGUAAGGGAAUCUCUGUUUAUUUCUAUGACUGCGGUACAGUAGACCGCGGGAUCAAUGGAUGUCGUUGCCUGUGAUACUAAUUUUGACGUGUGAAGAUUUACUGUUUAGCUUGGAAUCAUCGGGAUUUUUUACUAGAUUCUUCUAAAUUUGGGCAUAAAAAUAAAAUUUGAUGGUUUUUUGGAUCGGAAUAAAGUAAACCAUCAGUUUAGUGGAUUGUCCAUCCAAAUCUGACUCAUUGCUACGUGUACUCUGGAGUGUCUAGUCUACAAUCUAGCCCUAAAAAAGCUAUCUUUUGGGAGUCUUUGCCUUCAUCCGUCUCCAUUUCCACCAUUUCUUCAGCAGGAAUUCAGAAUACGAGGCAGUGGAUGGACACUGCAGUUUUGUCUUUGACCGGAACGAAUCAAGUCAUUAACACCCGAAAAUUUCAACAUUUUCAAAUAUUUUUUAACCCUAAAUGCGGAAGCCAUAAAUCGCGCUGCUUGUCUGCAGUUUCUAGGGUUCGAACGGUUAGGUGUGCAAUGAAAUCUUACAAGCUGUCGGAGCUCAGUCAUGCUGAGAUCAAUGGUCUUAAGGCUCGACCUCGCAUUGAUUUCACUUCCAUUUUCCGUGUGGUGCAACCCAUUGUGGAUGAUGUGCAAAGUAGAGGAGAUGCUGCUGUUGUAGAUUAUACCUUGAUGUUCGACAAAGUUGUAUUGGACAAAGUGGUAGAGGUUGUUUCUGAUCUUCCAGACCCAGAGCUAGAUCCAGCUGUGCAGGAAGCGUUUGAUGUGGCAUAUGACAAUAUAUUUGCAUUUCAUCUUGCUCAAAGGGCUCCCGAGAAUAUUAUCGAGAAUAUGAAGGGUGUCAGAUGCAAAAGAAUAGCCAGGGGCAUCGCUGCUGUGGGUUUAUAUGUCCCAGGGGGAACUGCUGUCUUACCAUCAACUGCGUUAAUGCUUUCAGUGCCUGCUAAGAUUGCUGGAUGCAAGACUAUUGUUCUUGCAACUCCUCCAAGUAGUGAUGGAAGCGUAUGCAAGGAGGUGCUUUAUUGUGCCAAGAGAGCUGGUGUUACUCACAUAUUAAAAGCCGGAGGGGCUCAGGCAAUUGCAGCCAUGGCUUGGGGUACUGCAUCAUGCCCAAAGGUUGAGAAAAUUUUUGGACCUGGAAAUCAGUAUGUUACAGCUGCAAAAAUGAUUCUCCAAAACAGUGAAGCCAUGGUUUCCAUAGACAUGCCUGCAGGCCCAUCGGAGGUUUUAGUCAUCGCAGACAAGCAUGCCAACCCAGUCUAUAUAGCUGCUGAUCUACUCUCUCAAGCAGAACAUGGUCCAGAUAGUCAGGUUGUUCUUGUCAUUGCUGGAGAUGAUGUAGACAUCAGUGCCAUUGAGAGUGAAAUUAGUAAACAAUGUGCAAACCUUCCAAGAGGAGAAUAUGCUUCAAAAGCACUUGCCCAUAGCUUCACUGUGUUUGCUCGAGAUAUGGUUGAGGCUAUCUCGUUCUCAAACUUGUAUGCUCCAGAACAUUUAAUUAUUAAUGUUAAAGAUGCAGAGAGAUGGGAGGGUCUUAUUGAGAAUGCAGGUUCUGUGUUUUUGGGCCAAUGGAGCCCAGAAAGCGUAGGCGACUACGCAAGUGGUACGAACCAUGUCCUCCCAACUUAUGGGUAUGCGAGGAUGUACAGUGGAGUUUCAUUAGACUCCUUCCUCAAGUAUAUAACUGUGCAAUCUCUAACAGAAGAAGGGCUAAGGAAGCUAGGUCCAUACGUAGCGAAGAUGGCAGAGGUUGAAGGAUUAGAAGCUCACAAGAGGGCUGUUACUCUCAGGCUCCAGUCUGUAGAAGCGGCUCUCCCCAUAUAAACCUGUGAUUGUUAUCUUUUUCGAUGAUUUAUAAUUUGGAACAAUAAUACCAAUAAACUGAAUUUUUUUGUACCUAUUCAUUCAGGCGAUCAGCUAUGACAUUUUCUUCUUCAUUUUUUGCCGCUUAGAAAGUCUUUGUUUUAACCAUUUGUUGAUGCUGAAUGAAGUGUAGAACUCAGCAGUGUUGUUUAUUGGUAAUUACAUGUCAACCUGAGUAUAUAUAAGAAAUUCACCAACA